GACAAUAGCAACACGCCCCACCCAUGUCAGCUUCCAACAACAGCAGCUCCAGCGCUUCCACCUUCACCUUGAUUGGAAUCCCAGGGCUGGAGGCAGCUCAUUUCUGGCUGGCUUUCCUGCUGUGCUCAUUGUACCUCUUUGUCGUGCUCGGGAAUGGCACCAUUAUUUAUAUCAUCAAAGCCGAGCAAAGCCUCCACGAGCCCAUGUACCUUUUCCUCUGCAUGCUUGCAGCCAUCGACAUACUGCUCUCCACAUCCACCAUGCCCAGAAUGAUGGACCUCCUUUGGUUCAACUCCACCACCAUUGGGUUCGAUGCCUGCCUGCUCCAGAUGUUCUGCAUCCACUCUCUGUCGGGCAUGGAGUCCUCCAUCUUGCUGGCCAUGGCUUUUGAUCGCUACGUGGCCAUAUGCUGUCCCCUGCGGCACACAGCCAUCCUCACCAGCCCCAGAAUAGCCAAGAUAGGGCUGGCAGCGGGAAUCAGAGGAGCUACCGUGAUGGCCCCCUUUCCUAUUUUUAUUAAAAGGCUGCCCUUCUGCGGGUCCAGAGUCCUCUCCCAUUCCUACUGCUUGCACCAGGACGUGAUGAAGCUGGCCUGUGCCGAUAUAAAGGUCAAUAUCAUCUACGGUUUGAUUGUUAUUAUCUCUGUCGUUGGGCUGGACGCCCUGCUGAUCUGCCUGUCGUACGUCUUCAUUCUCAGGGCCGCUUUGAGUCUGAGCCAAGAGGCCCGGCUCAAGGCACUGGGCACCUGCAUCUCCCACGUCUGUGCCGUCUUCCUGUUCUACGUGCCGUACAUUGGCCUGGCCAUUGUGCACAGGUUUGGGAAGAUACACGGGUCCAACAUCCAUGUCGUAAUGGCCAGCGUCUACUUGCUGGUGCCCCCAGUACUCAACCCAAUAGUGUAUGGGGUGAAAACCAAGCAAAUCCGUCAAAGGAUUGUGAGGCUGUUGCAUAGAACUACACAGUGAUGGGACCUUUCCUCUAGCCAGCCGCAUAGUCAUUCAAAACAGAAGCAAUAAUUAAUAGCCCACAUGGCCAAUCCAGAACAUCACUCAACA